AUGCCUACUCUUUUUAGUGAAUAUCUUUCUUGUGGAAGAUCCCUGAUGGUUCCUGUAAAGGCUAGAAUCUUCAGGAGUGUGAAUGAUGAGUGGGAGGAGAUAUGCAUGGGAAUGAUAUUCCGCAUUGAAAAGGAUUGUAUCUUUAUCGAGGAUGAUGGAACUGGGAAAUGUUUUGAAAUGUCCCUAGGCAAGAAGCAGUGUGAGAGAUCAGAGAAGAAUAUUGUAAUUGUAUACAAUGACCUUGAAGAGCAUGCUGUUUGCUUUGAAACCGAAGAUAUUCGAGAUGAUUUUGUCGAGUUUAUGGAAAAAGAUGUUUUGAGCAAAGACGGGAUGAGUACGGAAGGAAGGAUGACUUUUGAAAAGGAGUCAAACCUCUUUUCAAAUCUUCUUAGGAUAAGCAGGUAUAUGGAUGGCUCAGUGUUUGGGAGAAUGCUCGAGAGUAGAGAUGGAGUACUAAACCUUCUAAGAAUGGAAGACUUCCACCUGUUUAGAAUGCUAUUAGAGAACAAGGAGAAGGUAUUUGAGCUAUUUGGGGUUGUUCUCAAUAGUAAAAUCAACAAGGUCACACCACAUGGCUUCUACAGAGAAAUUAUAGCAAAGAAUCUUGAUGAAUCUACUGCAAGGACAUAUGAGAACUUCCUCAUCAUGAUAAAUAAGCAAGAGUUAACGAGAAAUGAAAGUAAAGUGACGGAAAUGUCAGAUGAGGAAAUAAGAAGUUUCCUCAAAAGAUGUGGGAGCAAUGUUUGUAGGGUUGGAAAUAUAGAUGUGUACUUGGAAAGGAUUUAUAGAGACAACAACUACUUCUGUGAGACUUUCUAUUAUCUCUGCUUUAUAUUCAGAGAAAGGAUGUCUGAGGUUGUUGACCUAGGGCAUAUACUAUGUAGAACCAGAAAUUUAAUAGGUGAAAAGACUUUUGAUGAUGGCCUUUUAUACGUUCUUGAGGGCUUGUAUAUCUUAUUGGAUGAAUGCAAACCUGAAAAGCUGGACAUGUUCUAUAUGGAGGUCUCUGGUCUCUUUGAUAAUUUAGAAUGCCAUCCAGACCUACAGAACUUUCUGAUUUACUUGCUCAUUAACCAUGGAUUUAGAGCUAGAGAGCUUCUAGUUAAUACAGGACUUAUGGAGCGAAUAUUCAUAUCUGGGUGUGAGAGUAAUAUGAGCUCGGUGUUUAUCUCCAAAGUACUUCUCCAAAUUGUAUCCUGCAGCAGUAGAUUCAUCCACAGAUACUUCAUAAAAAAUGACCUGUUCAGAGGCGUUGUAAGAAUGUAUAAUCAAAGGAAAGAGGAUGCUGCAUAUUCCAUAUUCUUACAAGCUUUUACCCAAGCUGAUGGUGAUAUGAAAAUAUAUCUCGAUAGAUACAUCCAAAAUUAA